AUGUUCGGAGCCUUCCGUCCCACCCUGCCAUCAAUGGGUGGUCUCCUGUGGAAGAAUCCAUGGCGUCUCUCUUCAACCCGCAAAAACCGAGUCCGUAUGCGUCUUCGUGCAGUAGACGACGUGAUCUCCACCCUCCAACAAUCACAGAUCCAAUGUGGAGCAUUGGAAAGAGCACUAGCAUUGCCAACAGAAUCCCAAAUGGCUGCAAAGGACAAAUACACAACAUUCAGCAAACACGAUCGAGGGUUCAGAAAGUCCGUCCACAAGGUUCCCAAAUGGACUAGAAAGACGAUCAGGGAGAAUCCCGUCGGUUACUAA